AUGAGGGGCCACGCCAGAUUUCUCCUCGCCAUCGCGCUUCUCUUUUCGUCACUCUACAUCGUGCGCCUGCGCUCCGCCCUUCCCCUCGCCGCAUAUCGCGGCGGAAUUGCAAGCUUCCCGAGAUGGACGGACGACGACGACAAUGCUGCCAGUCUGCCAGGUCUGGGGGCGACGACCGCAACAGUGGCGCACGAGGCGGCGACACUGGGCGGCAGCAUUCCGCGGCGCGCGCGGCUGAGCAUGGAGAACCCGCAGCUCAAGGCGUACGCGCAGAUGCUCGAGACGCAGCAUCUACAUGCACGUGAGCAACGGGUUCGCAACGGCCCUAUCCCCGGAGCAGGUGUGGCGGUUGGAGCGACACCCGGCGGUGGCGGCAGUGACGCGCAGCCGCAGAGUGACCCCUCUCACCACCGACUCGCCCACCUUCCUUGGCAUGCGCGCCCCUGGGUCGCUGUGGCCCGCCAAUGGCGGGCAGGCAAAGGCGGGAGACGGCAUGGUGAUAGGGGUGGUGGACACGGGCAUCUGGCCGGAGCACCCCUCCUUCAGCGAUGCCUGGUUCCCCUCCUCCAAGCCUGCGGGGUGGUCGGGAAAAUGCGACACGACGAGCUAGUUCAAAGCGGCAGCAGCAACAAGGACGUGCCCAUGGCGGGCGGCAAGGCGAGCCGCAUGGCGCCGGCAGCGCGCCUGGCAAUGUACAAGGUUCUCUGGUACUCUGAAGGCUCUCUUACCGGGACAUGGGCCGACAUCGAAGCGGCAGUCAACCAGGCGGUAGCGGAUGGUGUGGAUGUCAUCUCGAUCUUGCUGGGCGGCAUGGAUAAUAUGGAGAUCUACUUCGACCACAUGCCGUACCUCAGUGCUAACCUGGAUCCCUGCUACUUCCGCACAAUCGACAACUUCUCGCCCUUCUAUCUCACCGUGGGGGCUAGCACCAUAGGCCGUGGUGGUCUGACCCUCAAGGCCACCACACCAGCAGCAGCAGCUCUCAGCAACUCAUCCUCCUCCUCAGCCACCGCCUACCCUUCCAUCGCUGAUUUCUCCUCCACAGGACCCCUCUGUGACCCUGCUACUCGAGCCACCGGCGCGCUGCCCACCAACAGCAUCUUAAAGCCCGACAUUGUCUGCCCGGGAGUGGAUCUCUACGCUGCUGCCCCAGGCGCGAAGGUCGGGAAGCCGGGCAGCUUCGCACAAAUGUCCGGAACGUCGAUGGCGACGCCUCACUUGGCGGGCAUUGCUGCUCUCAUCAUGCAGAAGCACGCCAAGUGGAGCCCCGCGCAGGUCAUGUCUGCCAUUAUGACAGCUGCGAAGACUACUGACACCAGUGGUGCUGCUAUCAAGAAUGGAGGUGGCGAGGUUGCUAUCGUGGGAUAUGGGCGCUGGUCACGUGUUCCCACACAAGGUGCUGGACCCUAG